GCGCGUACUGCUUGCUCUGCAGUUAAUAUGUUGACAAACAAGCCACAACAGUCAAGCGAGUCAGUCUAAGUGCGCCAACGUUGUUAAAAGUUUAUCACGCUGACGCGAUUAACUAACGAACGAACUAAAUUAUUUCGAAUUAUUUGUGAGCGACAAAAAGACUUGUUAUUAACCAAAUAAAAUAUAUAAAAGUGUUUUUAUAAAAGAAAAACUCCACCUUACACACCGAGGAGCACACAUUUAAGGAGUCAAACAUGUCGUAUGGCGCUGAGAAGGCGCUUGCCUAUUUGUAUCCGCUCAUUAUAGCCACCUCCGUCAUUUGCUGCAUCACAUCGGGCGUUGCAUGGGCACAUUGGCGUUAUGUGUUGAAUGCUUGUCCGGAAUCGAAUUGUGGCUGCAUUCUGCACGGGCGCUCCACCUACACCAGCUUCGAAGGUGGCCACAUAGCUUAUUGCCACUACUCCACAUAUGGACUGAUCUUUCCGCUCAUAUUCGCCAUUGUGUUGGGCAUCUAUCAUGCUUAUCGGAUUUGUAUGGGCACAACUAAAAGGAAAACGGGCACCACCACCAUACGGCAUAGAACCGGUGAUAUGAUUGUCGUAACGGCGGAGUCAGAACUGACACACAAUGGUAUUUCACCGUAUUACUGGACACCCGCCGCCGUCAUCUCUUGCGUUAUGGCCGUUUACACUUUAAUUUAUGCCGCCAUCUACAGUGAUGGCUUCCGCGUCACUUGCAAGCAGUAUAGCGAAUCAUUGCUUAAAGAACUACAGGGAGCCGGUAAUAUUGUGCCCGUCAUAAAGGGACGCCUAUCAUGCGACGCUAUUUUCGAUUUCAUGGACUAUUUGGUGGAGAGCAUUUCGUAUGAGCGUCGCAAAUAUGGACGCAUCAACACCGGAGCUUGUCUCUAUAUGACGCUCAUUUGCAGUUGGUUAGCGGUAAUCUUCUGGAUCAUUAUAACGGUGGUGAAUGUGGUGCAGGCACGACGCACACAAUCGGCACGAGUUUAAUUAAGCAACGGACUAAAAAAGCAGUUUAUAAACUGUUGAAUGAAGACAAAGUUUGCCAUUUAAGCAUAAAAAACGAAAACGUCCAUAAAUUAAAUUAACACUAACAUUGCAUUGU